CUCGUGUCAAAAUGGGGGAAAAGAGGAUAAGUGAAAGUUGAUUGGUUCAACUCGAUCACGCCACAAUUGACCUGCGUUUCCGGAUUAUGAAUCAUUGACACAUUAAGUGCCAGACUCAAAUGAUUGACGAGAGAAACAGAGAAGGAAGACCCUAUCAUUCGAAUGAUAGGGUGUUCCUUCUCUCGCAUAACGUCCGGGCCUGUGUGGGAAUGUGGUCAACUUUUGGAAUGGAGAUUCUCAUUUCCAAAGAGACGCUUGCUUUAGCACGCCGUAAUGUCCAGCCCGGGGACGAUCGUCAGCAGCGGGUUCAUGUCGACGACAAUACUUGGAAGAGAACGGGAGACGUGGAAAAACCGAGAAACGAUUUGGCGAUGCUGGAGCGGGAGAGAUAUUGUACUCUAGCUGUUUGAGUGAAACGCGAGUAGAGCCCACCGUUACAGCACAAGUGGAUUCUAGCUGCAAUAAACGUCGGCCCAGCCCGCGGUGCGCAAUCAGCAUGAAAAAGGGCCUUGAGGGCUCUGGAAAGCUCCCCCUUCCAUGGCUCGCUUUUCCAGCGGUGAAGCGGGGCAGAGGUUCUGAGUUCUUUGACAUGUUUUGGCAGUGUUGAUCCAACUUUGGAAUAUAUGCUCGCAAAGGUGUUCUGCUUUUGAGGUCAUGUGUCUCGUUCAUGUCAUGCUAGUGAUUUGAAUGCGGUAAUAAGACCAGUGGUUUGCUUUUGCCCAAAGACAAAUCUCCGAGAACCCCAACGAGAGGUGAGGUGCGGUGCGGUGAAGUCCAACUCGUUUUCCAAGGCAAGGAAGUAAGGACGUGGGGUUUGAUAUAGCUGAAGCAUUUCGAAAUUGUAGGAGUAUAUGAUUGUACUCUACAAACAUAAGCACGUCGCAGAAAUCCGCUCUACCACUCAGGGUCUAUCCAGCUUUCUUCAGGGUAGAGAGAUGCAAAUCAGUCUUUUGCUGGAUUUCAAAUCGAAGUCUAGCUCAAAUAGCUUGCUGCUCCAAAUUUCCGGUCAUGUGAGAAGCUGCAUUGCAGAUCAUCAUCCUCCUGGAGUGCAGUAAAGUGUACCCAUGAUGUAAUGUGAAACAGAAGAUGAUGUGGG